GGUUCAUUUCAUUCAUUCAUUAUUACUAUUCAAACAUUAAUUUACUUUAAAUAUAAUUAUUGUUAUUAAAUAUGAGUUUAAUUGCAAUCGACUGAUGAAUGCGUGAAUUAGAGGACAAAUAAUGGCCACAAAUAGUGUGAAUGAAAAGCAUUUGAUUGCAAACCGAUUGUUAGAGUCCGUCAAACAAUGUCAGAUCCGAUUCGGUGGGCGUUCAGAGUUGGCCACAGAUAUGGAUCAACGAGUGGUUAAAUUGUGUCAAUCACUGGAGGAGGCGUUCAGUCACGGCCUCCGCAAGAAUCGCAAUCUUAUUCAUUACAAAAGGAGAACAGCGAAGAAUGGUUUACCCCGGAGUUCAAGUAGUAAUCAGGGCUUCACUGACGAGACAACUGUUUGUUUCUGGCAUUUUGUGAGUCUUCAUCUGACACGACAUGAAUUCGACCGGUAUUUGCUUCUGAGGAAUAUUAGGACAGACACGGGUCGGGGAAAGGCUUGGCUAAGGAGUGCACUGAAUGAGCAUUCGUUGGAGAGAUAUGUGUUGAGUCUAUUGUCGGACUCUCUUUGUCUUCGCAACGACUUCUACGAAGAAAACGCAUUCAUGAGAGACGAAGAGAUUAACUCUGUUUUGCCGACCAUUUCUCGUGGACUCAACUCAAUCUUAUUUGCCAUAAAUAUAGAUAACUCAGAAUUCGAUGUCUUCGCAGAGAGUAAAACGUUAGACAAAAACCACAGAUCAGAUCCACUGCCAGUUGUCUGUAAAUCUGAGUCGACUACUGGUGUGAGGAAAAGACGGACUCGAGUUAAUGUGAUAUCACUGAGCGAUGACGAGCGCGCGGAUGAGCCCAACGCGGCCCGAAGCGCACCGACCACUUGUCUCUCUUCACCCGAUUCUGUAUUUGCAGACAAACAUUUGUCGACCACUUAUGACACCAAUAAUAGCUCUCUCACUACAAACCAAUCAAUGGAAAGGAAUGUUGUAUUGACUCCUUUUGGUGCCGAAAAUGUGGAUCAUUUAGAACUGAUGGUUGACAACAGUGGCAGUGAUUUUGACAAAUUAACACAAUCACUAUUAGUUCUAAAGAUAUUGUUUAACCUCAGCUCAUCAUUACUCUGUUUACACCUCAAAAAAGUGUCAAAACUAUUGACACAAAACGAUAACUUACAUAAAGACAAUGAAUUACUGCAAAUGCAACUCAACAAAUACAUAGCAGCCGUUCAAUUGCUUAAGUAUUCGGCCAAACAGGACACGGAAUGCGCGGCCAAUCCUUCCGAACCGUCUUUCGAAACGACCAAAGCUUUCGAAACUCAGAACGAAAGCUAUUUUACGGAAAUAUCGGAAUACGAGAAGAAGUUGGUAGAAGUGGCAGAAAUGCACGCAGAGUUAGUCGAAUUCAACCAACAUCUCCAUCGAGUGAUCGCUCAGAAGGACCAACUCAUCACUCGAAUCAAACACGAGUUGAUUCACUUGAGAGGACCG